GGAUUAUUCAGUGCAACUUGACAUAGUGGACGUGAGGGGCUCGGCUAUCUGACUGAACCAAGUUUCAGGUCGCUGGUGCCAACGCCCGGCGAAAACAGCCAACUUAUCAAGUACAAAAACGGAGCUAACGUAAUUGUCAGCAGCAACCGAAAGCACAGAGAUGCAGACUAUCAAAUGUGUUGUUGUUGGAGAUGGAGCAGUGGGAAAAACCUGCUUACUGAUUUCAUACACCACCAACAAGUUCCCUUCUGAAUAUGUACCAACAGUGUUUGAUAACUAUGCAGUAACUGUAAUGAUCGGGGGUGAACCAUACACCCUUGGCUUAUUUGAUACAGCAGGUCAGGAGGAUUACGACCGGUUACGACCACUAAGCUACCCUCAGACCGAUGUCUUCCUAGUCUGUUUCUCUGUUGUUUCACCUUCCUCAUUUGAGAAUGUUAAAGAAAAGUGGGUUCCUGAAAUCACCCAUCAUUGUCCCAAGACCCCGUUCCUGUUGGUAGGCACUCAGAUUGACCUCCGUGAUGAACCCUCCACAGUGGAGAAGUUGGCCAAGAACAAACAGAAGCCAAUCACCCCUGAGACAGCAGAAAAGCUGGCUCGAGACCUUAAGGCAGUCAAAUACGUGGAGUGUUCAGCCCUGACUCAGCGGGGACUGAAGAACGUAUUUGAUGAGGCUAUCCUAGCCGCUUUAGAGCCCCCUGAAACUCAGAGAAAGAGAAAAUGCUGCUUGUUCUGAUGUCUUCUUGCAUUUUGCUUUGCCUCUUGAUUGUCUGCUGCUUUUUCAUUGUAAAGAAACGUCUCACACUGAAGUAACCACAAACUCUUUUGAAGUUGAAAACUCUGUGCCCAUCAACCUUUUUUUCUUCUGUUCCUGUGUGCUCUCUUCUCAACUUGGCCUAAUCAUAGUUUUUCACGCUGCCUAAGAUGGUACGAGUGCCAACCCUUCAGUCUCCUUUUCGUCCAUCUAUAAGUGGACACGACUAAGAUUUUCUUUUUAAAGCGCAUUAUGUUCUCUCAGUACAACUUAUGUUAUAUUCUACAAAUCCAUCUAAGCUAUAUUCUGUCUUGGACUGAGUUUUUCUCGACUGUUGCAUCAAAAUUUUCCACUGACCUCUGUCAUUAGACGCCUUGAUCAUGAGGAGAAUCUUGUUUAAUGUUUGAAUAAAGGAAGAUUUUGAUUCCCUCACUCAAUUUCUACUCAGCUUUCUUCUGCUCAUACAGUUCAGUUGAGAUCAAUUUGCACUUGGAGGUAGCUUUGUUUUGAAUAACAAUAUUUUGUUUCCACAGAAAGGAUUAAAGAAUGUGUUUGAUGAGGCAAUACUAGCCGCCCUGGAGCCUCCCGAACCUAAGAAAAGGCCUAAAUGUGUUCUGCUCUAAGAUUCUUCGCUGUUUUCUUCACGUUUUUCCAAAACUAGGUUAACAGUACUGAUCUGGUUUUCUGCACAAGGACAUUCCACCGUUUUUUGAAAUGUCAUGAGAUUUUAGCCUUCCCACAGACGUAACCUAAAAACAUUUAAUGUGUUAAAUGAUUUUUAAACUUCUGUUAUUCUGUGCUGGGUAAUUUGAUACCGCUGGUCAGAACCAAUAUGAACUCUUGACUGGUUAAACCACCAAUUAACUGGAGGUGACACAUUGAAAUAACUACUCAGUUUGACCUCAGUGUUGCUUUUUAUGGAGAAAUAUCAGGAGAACAGAUUAAAUACUUGUUUUCUCCACAAAAAGUUCUUGUUUCAAGUGUCACAAAAUUGGAAUUCUCACAUCGUUUUGUAUUUUGUUAAAAAUAUGACUUUAAAUAAACGUGUUUCAAACUGUAACAUUCUUCCAUCACCAGCUUUUACAUUAGCAAUAAUAUUCCUUAUUUUGUCUUUUAAGAUUUAAAAUGUCUUUUAAUCAUUCCAACAUGGCCUUUAGGAAAAUCUAAGGAAUGCAGUGGAUGAUUUUUUUUUUUUUUUUUUUUUUCCUUUACUUAAUUCUCCAUCUUUGUCCUGGUUUUUCCAAGACAUGACCUGAGAAAAUAGGCAGGAAAUAUAUUUCACUUCCAAUUGUAGAAAUAUUGAUUUGACAUUUUUUUUUUGCCAGAGAAAUGUUCACAGCACUUAGGUCAAGCUUAAAUCUUCAUUUUGAUGACUCGGGUAUCUCAGUUUACAGGCCAAAGUUUUACAACCAGUUCAGUUAUUUGGUAACCUCAACAUUGCUUGCAUCUCAUCAGUAACAGCUUGAUGUUAAAUGACAGAACCAAUGACAUGUCUUUUCCAUGCCGAAUUUUUAAGGUGAAUUGUUGAAGUGACUUGUAAAUAUAGUAAGAAUAACUUAUUUACUGAAUGAAAUUGUGCAUUACUCAUGAGGUUUGAGAAGCUGAGACGGCUAACCUGAAAGAUGUUUUUUCAUUGUAUUCAACUUGACAAAGUUGUACUGUAUCUUGCUUGUGAUAAAAAAAAAAGCACAACAAUAAACCAGUAUUAUGAUUAAAUCUUCAAAUAACA